AUGUCUGACGUCGAAGAACAAGUCCAAAUCGAAGAAGAAGUUGUUGUUGAAGAAUCCUCUUCCGUGUCCAUCGAGGACUGCCUGCAAAAGGUCCUGAGAACCGCUUUGGUUCACGAUGGUCUUGCCAGAGGUCUCAGAGAGGCCAUCAAGGCUUUGGCUAGAGGUGAGGCUCAACUGUGUGUCUUGUGUGACUCUGUCACUGAGGCCAAGAUUAUUUCUCUGGUUGAGGCUUUGUGCAAUGAGCCAGAGGAGAAGAUUCCUUUGAUCAAGGUCUCUGACGCCAAGCAACUCGGUGAGUGGGCUGGUCUCUGUGCUUUGGACAGAGACGGUAACGCCAGAAAGGUUGUUGGUGCUUCUUGUGUUGUCAUCAAGAACUGGGGUGCUGACUCUGAGGAGAGAAACGUCCUUUUGGAGUACUUCUCUCAGCAGUAA